UGGAGGCACUGGCUUCAUGGGGAAGGUGCUGAUAGAGAAGCUACUAAGAAAAUGCACAGAAAUCCGCCAGAUCUACCUCUUGGUGCGACCGAAGAAAGGGAAGACCCCGAAACAGAGGCUGGAAGAGUUAUUCCAGGGAGAGCUGUUCGAGCAACUCCGCAACCUUCGUGGUGGAGUGGAACCGAUCUUGGAGAAGGUGACCCUCAUCUCUGGUGACGUCAGCGAACCCGACCUGGCUAUGAGCGAGGGGGACAGACAGCUGCUGAUUGAAAACGUGGAUAUUAUGAUACACGCUGCUGCCACUAUCAGAUUUGACGAAGAACUAAAGAAAGCAGUGCUCCUAAACGUCAGAGGCACAAAACUGAUCGUGGAGUUGGCUAAGACCUGCAAAAAACUUAAGUUAUUCAUCCACAUCUCGACGGCCUACUGCCACCUCCACGAGAAGCUUCUGGAAGAGAAGCCUUACCCUCCCCCCGCGGAUCCUCACCAGAUCAUCCAGGCUAUGGAGUGGAUGGAUGAAGAAACCGUCGCACAGUUGACGCCUAAGUUACUGGACAAACUACCGAAUUCGUAUGCGUUCACGAAAGCUCUCGGCGAGGCCGUGGUGGUGGAAGCAAUGGAAGCUGACCUCAUCCCUGCCAUGAUCCUCAGGCCUUCCAUCGUCAUCCCCAUCUGGCAGGAGCCUCUACCAGGAUGGACCGACAACAUCAACGGCCCCACUGGUCUUCUUAUUGGCGCGGGCAAGGGUGUGAUCCGCACUAUGUAUUGCAAGAGCAACAGCUACGCCGACUACCUGCCAGUUGACGUCUUCAUAAACGGAAUCAUGAUUAGUGCGUGGAACUACAUCACAUACGGCGACAAAAAGUCAAGAGUGGUCAACUUCACCUCCAGCGCUGAGAUCAAGGUGACAUGGCUGGAGAUGAUCGACGCUGGACGAGAGAUCAUCAUGAACAGAGUGCCGCUUAACGGUGUUGUGUGGUACCCCGGCGGUUCCAUGAAGCACUCCCGGCUGUACCACAACAUCUGCGCGUUAUUCUUCCACUGGAUCCCCGCUAUCCUGAUCGACAUACUGCUGUUCUGCCUCGGGUACAAGCCUAUCCUGAUGCGCGUCCACCGCCGUAUCAGCAAAGGCUUCGAAGUGUUCGAGUACUACACCAAUAACCAGUGGGACUUCAAGUCUGACAUCGCUCAGACUGUCAGACUACGUCUGAACACGAGGGAGAGAAGAGACUAUAAAGUUGAUGCUGUUGGUCUGGACAUCAUGAAGUACUUCGAAGACUGCAUCAAGGCUGCUCGUAUCUAUAUCCUGAAGGAGUACGACGACACAUUGCCCGCAGCUCGAAGGCAUAUGAGAAUAAUGUACUGGGUAGACGUUAUCGCUCAGUGCCUGUUCUGGGGCCUGAUUCUGUACUGGAUCAGUGGCUGGUUUCCGAGCAUAACGUCAGUAUUUGCCACCAGUGAUCCUGCGCCGACUGUCAUGGCUGCAUAGGCGUCCACACUCGACAAUCUCAUAGAAUAACUUACGUUUGCCCGAAAAA